ACGACACAUCAUUGCAACGACUGAAACCAGGCCUGCGCGACCCAGCGGUAGAUGGGCUCGUAUCGCAGCUAAGCAUCGCGGGCGCAGUGUCACUACAGUCGAAGCUCAAGUUUGGCACGAUCUGCGCACCUUGGCAACAUCAUCCUUCUACCAUUAAGGCCCCUACCUUCCCUGCACGACCACUCCCACAUCCUCGGUAUACUGUUUCGUUCGUUCGUGUUCAGCAAUGGGAAGUUUCGUCCGCUCCGUCACCGUCCGCCUGCGCCGUCACGGCCAAAGCGCAACACUGCAAGAUGCUUUUCACUCCGCCACGCUCGUCGCGGCCGGCUGUCCGGUGGAGGAGGAGACGCUGCCCGAUUACCGACCUUGCGAUUUCUAUCCCGUGCAUGUAGGUCUGCUGUUCAACGGCCGGUAUCGUGUGCUCGCCAAGCUUGGGUACGGUGGUGGCUCGACUGUCUGGUUUUGUCGUGACCAGCUCGUAAGGCGUUACGUCGCCGUCAAGGUCUGCUCUAUCCGGCUUUCCGACGACGGCAGGCGCGAUCUCCGACCGCGCUGGGAAUGGAAGGCCUACAGCCGGUUAUCAGGCAUGACCACCGACAACAAAGGUGCGCAGCACGUGCGUCAGAUCCUCGACCGCUUUACGAUUGGCACAGCGAACGGCGUGCAGCAUCAAUGCUUCGUCUACGAAGUCGCCGCGGUGAACCUCCAGCAGCUCGAGCGAACGUACCCGAACCAGAAACUUCCCUUCGCGAUGGCCAAGGACGUACUGAGAGCGGUGUUGCAUGCCCUCGACUUCCUGCACACCGAAGCCGGGAUCGUGCACACGGAUAUCAAGAAGGACAAUAUCUUCUUCCCGGCGACGGAGGCGUGCGUGGCCCAGUUCGCAAAGGCACUGCAUCGCCAACGGCCAGUCGCAAGGUACGACGAGAACAGCAACCGGCUCAUCUACCAGUCCGUCCACUUCACGGACCUGUUGAAGGGAAGCGAGUUGUCCCUACAAGAGCCUCUCCUCGGCGACUUGGGCGAAGCACAGGUCCUAUGGGACGAACAAGCGAGCUUCCCGCCCAGCGUCGUAGGACCUGAGCCCUUCCGCUCCCCGGAGAGCAUAUUCGGCAUGCCGUGGGGGUGUGCAGUCGACACGUGGAUGCUCGGGCAUCUCGCCGUGAGCAUGGCUUCACAUCAAUUCCUGCUCGACGCGCGAAAGACGGGGGGCAGAUGGUCGACCACGAAGCACGUCCGGCAGAUGGUCGCGUUGAUGGGUCCGCCUCCGCCGGAGUAUGCCGGUAGUCGGACUGUGCAUCCCAAGAUCUGGGAGGAGUUGUUGGGAUCGGCGAAGCUUCGGAAGUAUGAUGCGAAGACGAUGGAUGCGAGGAUGGGAGUGAUUCCGGAUGUGUGGAUGCAGGAUGAUUUGGUUGGGUUUUUGCAUCGUAUCUUCAAGUGGAGGCCGGGUGAGCGUGCGAGUGCUGCCGAGCUUUUGCGACAUCGGUUUUUGCAGGCGGGGUGAAAGAUUUACCCUGCGAUGAAGAUGUCCACACCGGAACGUUCUCAACCAUCGUAUACUGUCGUGCAAGCCUUGGGAAGACAGUUCACGGGGACACUCACUCUACAGUUGGGCACAGCAAACUUUUGCCACGCAACUCGACGGACAAAU